CGUGGUUAACUACGGUUAACUGUCUGCGUUCUCUGUUUCCAGGUUGUCCUGCGACAGGGCGGUGAUAGCGAUGCUCAAGGAGCGCACCUUGGGCAACGGCGUCUCGUGCCUCCCUGGUGGAGCAGCACUCCAGGGACUGGAUGCAGCGCUCCAUCGCCUACCUCUCUGUGCUCCGCAAGCUGCGGGGCCCCGGAGCGGCCCAGAAGGACGACGUGUCCCUGCCGACCUUCGUCAAGGUACCCGGGCUCACCUGGUUUGGUCGGGUGUACGUGCUGGAGGCCAUGACCAGGCUGGACGAGACCAAGGCCAGGGUGACGUCGAUCUUCGGCGACAUCCUAAAGAUGGACUCCACCAAGAAGAUCGCCAAAAAGCUCGCGGGCGCCGCCGCCGGGUCUGCCGCCUGGAUGACCAACGUUGGUAACGAGUACGGGCAGGUGCUCGUGUCCGUCCUCACCUCGGCCGAGGGGGAAGGACUGACCAACAUGGCGGCCGGCCUGAUGCGGCGGUACCGCGAAGCCGGGAAGGCCUCUCCGAGGGUCCUGUAUGUGGACCGGGACUGCUGUGCCGCCGUGGGCAAUUCUGCCACGCACGGCAUGUACCACGAGUGGCAGGAGCUGGUGGUGCGGCUGGACGUGUGGCACCUCAUGCGGCGCUUCGCGAGGGGCGUCACCACCGACAGCCACCAGCUCUACGGCCUCUUCAUGGCCAGGCUGUCCUUCGCCAUCUUCGAGUGGGACGGCGAGGACGUGCGGCGCCUGAAGGAGGCCAAGCAGUCCUCGGAGGGGAGGGACGCCCAGGUCACGCUGUCCGCCAAGGAGCUGGCUCGCCACUGUCGCCGCCGUACGAGGGGUGCGGCGGAGACGGAGCGGCUCAUCCAGGAGGUGCUGGACGCCUUCUGGCAUGUGACGGACACCAUGGGCGUCCCUUUGAUCGACCGCGCCCGCAUGGAGGACAUCUGGGGCACGCAGCGCCGCCACCUCGACUGCGUCCAGGACCCAGAGGGGGUGGAGCUGUACACCAAGACGGGAGAGAUCACCAAGGGUGGUGUGAGGCUCCCCGUCUUCCGGUGCGCUCGCGGCUCCACCUCCCUCGAGUCCUUCCACCUGCACCAGUGCCGCUUCGUUCCGGGUACCACCUCGAGUGACGUCCACUAUCAGGUGUACCUGCUCGAGGGCCUGGCUCGGUGGAACGAGGACCGCGGCAGGGCGGCAGUCGAGGGAGGACCGCGAGCGGCGCUGCGGUGCGACAGCGCCCGGCUGCAGCACAGCUUCAACGAGCUGGCCUCUGAGGUCAACGGGGUCCAGCCGGUCGACGACUUCACCCAGCCCAGAGAUGGGCACGAGGAGUUAGGGGUGGAGGACUUGUACUCCCAGUCGGGCGCUGUGCUGCAGCCGGAUCCCGAACCUCUGGAUGGGGUCGAUGCCACCUUGGGAUCGCCCCUUUCCGAGGUGGAGGAGAAGAUGGAGGAGGAGGAAGACGUCGUCGGGCCGGACGGUCAGCCCGGGUACCACCACGCGGUGGCCCUGGCCCACGGCCUCGUGGAGCUGCGUCACCACGCCUUCGUCACCGCCCGUCAGACCAGAGGCAUCAUCGCUCUCUGGGAGAGGCUGACGGAGCGGGACAAGGCGCCGGUGACCUUCACCCCCCGCCACCAGGACCGGCUGGCUAAAGGACGGUUCAAGACCAGCAACCGCCACGCCCACAUCCCGGGAGUGGACAGUGUGAAGCGGUAA